AAAAAUUACAUUUCUGAAUGUCGGUUGUAUAAUCUAUACAUAUUAAUUGUAUCUCUUUUUUCUAUAUAUGUUAAUAUUAGUAAAACUUCAACAGUUGAAGUUGUUGGGUUCAUCGCACAAGAGCUUUCCAACACGGCAUCAUCUUCCUUUUUUUUUUUGUUGAGUUUUUUCUUCUCUGCAAUUUUUCCAGCUGAAAGAAUUCUCAAAACCCGAUUUAAAGAUACAAAAUUUAAGUAAUCCACUUAGUUUGGGGGAUAAACUAUUGCUGUUUUAUCUUCUUCUUUUUCUGUGUUUUGACUGUUUGGUUUGAAGUAAAGUUGGGAUUUUUUGGAUCUGAAAAUUGACUUUAUUGACUUGAAAUAAGAAAUGGGUUUUUCUUUGAUUUAGAUUUUAAUUAGUUCUAGAGGGAGAAAGCAAAGAGUUUCAAGGGGAAAAAUGGGUUGGAAGAGUAAAGGAUUGGAACCAAAUUCAAAGUCUUUUGUGACCAAAAAAUGGACUCUUUUGCUUUGCAUUGGCUGUUUUUGUGCUGGGAUGCUGUUUUCUGAUAGAAUGUGGACAGUGCCGGAGGCUGAAGAUAAAGCUGCAUCACGAGGACCGGGGUUUAAAGAUGACAGGCUAAGGUUAAUUUCGGAGGGCUGCCAUCCGAUACUGAAACAUGUGCAGCACGAGCCGAAGAAUGUACUCGGGGAAGUUUCGAAGACGCAUAAUGCUAUCCAAACACUGGAUAAGACGAUAUCGACUUUGGAGAUGGAGCUAGCAGCUGCGAGAGCAGUGCAGGAAUCCAUAAUUAAUGGCUCUCCCAUUUCAGAUGACAUGAAAAUUCCCGAGACGAUUGUGAAACGAAAAUAUUUGAUGGUUGUAGGCAUCAAUACUGCUUUUAGCAGCAGAAAACGAAGAGAUUCAGUUCGUGCUACUUGGAUGCCUCAAGGGGAAGAAAGAAAGAAGCUCGAAGAAGAGAAGGGUAUCGUAAUGCGAUUUGUAAUUGGUCACAGUGCUACCUCAGGUGGCAUCCUUGACAGGGCUAUUGAAGCUGAAGAUCGAAAGCACGGCGACCUUCUGAGGCUGGAACAUGUUGAGGGUUACCUUGAAUUAUCAGCAAAGACCAAGACAUACUUCGCCACUGCCGCUGUCUUGUGGGACGCCGAUUUCUAUGUAAAAGUUGAUGAUGAUGUGCAUGUAAAUAUUGCAACACUUGGAGCAACUUUGGCUAGCCAUCGGUCGAAGCCAAGGGUUUAUACCGGUUGCAUGAAAUCCGGUCCGGUUCUUGCUCAAAAGGGAGUAAGAUACCACGAACCCGAGCAUUGGAAAUUCGGCGGGGAGGGAAACAAGUAUUUCCGCCAUGCUACCGGCCAACUAUAUGCCAUUUCUAGAGACUUGGCUUCUUACAUAUCGAUUAACCAGCAUGUGCUGCAUAAGUAUGCCAAUGAAGAUGUCUCGUUGGGAGCAUGGUUUAUCGGGUUGGAUGUCGAUCAUAUAGAUGACCGCAGACUCUGCUGCGGUACGACAGACUGCGAGUGGAAGGCUCAAGCAGGCAACAUCUGUGUUGCUUCAUUCGACUGGACCUGCAGCGGGAUAUGCAGGUCGGUCGAGAGGAUGAAGGACGUUCACCGGCGGUGCGGAGAAGGGAAGAAUGCUUUACGAACCGCAACUUUCUAACAAUGUCCGGUUUCCUCCGAACUCGGGAGGGAAGCGAGCGAAACGGAAAACGAGCUUUUUCUUUCAGACAUGGAGAGUUCACAAAUCAAACAACUGUAGAAAACAUGAAUGGGUUGAAGGCUGCUGAUAGUGUCUGCUCCAUUUCACACAGGGAGAAAGACCCAACAAAGAGCAGUUAUAUAUAUAUAGAGAGAGAGAGAGAGAGAGAGAGGGGAAAAGAGCUUUUGUAAUUAACCAUUCUUUUAUUUGCCUUCUCUUUUUAAACUAUGAGUGGAAAACUCCAUAAUAAGUAUAACAAUAUUAAGGCUUCCGCCAUUGAUGCCUUUCGAGUUCUGCUUCAUGAA